AUGUUGCAAGUUGUUAUUGAAUAUCUUAAUAACUAUCAAAGAUAUAUUUAUUAUGGGUUGCUGAUUGUUGUGGGCUACGUUCUACACGAUCUUAUAGAAUGGGUUCAGAGAGAAAACGUAUGCAUAAGCAAAAUAAGAAAGAUAUAUGAUUUUGUUUCAAAGGUAAUAAAAAAGGUAUAUAUAUUUUUUAAUUUUUAUGAAAGACGAAUAAUAAAAUUAGAAAAGGAGUUAUUUUAUAAAUAUUAUGAUAAAGAAGUAAUUGAUAGACAUGGGAAAUUAUUAAAUAUAUAUGACAUACCACAUGAUUCAUUAAAUAAAAUAUUUAAUACUAAAAUUUUAAUUAUUGGUAUAGGAGGAUUAGGAUCUCCUGUUUGUUUAUAUUUAAGCAGAUUUGGAUUUAAAGAAAUUGGAUUAAUUGAUGGAGAUAAAGUUGAAAAAAGUAAUUUACAUAGACAAAUAAUACAUAAAGAAAAAUAUAUAGGAUUAAAUAAAUGUAUGUCGGCAAAAUUAUUUUUAAAAGAUAUAGAUAAUUAUAUAAGUGAUAGUAUAAAAUGUUAUCCAUUUUUUUUAGAUAAAUUAAAUGGUAUGAAUAUAAUUAAAGAAUAUGAUAUUAUAAUUGACUGCACAGAUAAUAUAAGUACAAGAUUUCUAAUUAAUGAUUUAUGUAUUUUAUAUAAAAAAAAAUUAAUAUUUGCAAGUGCAUUGGGUAUAUAUGGACAAGUAAAUGUUUAUAAUCUUAAUAAUAAUACAUCUAAUUGUUAUAGAUGUUUAAAAAGUUUUAAUAAUCAUUCUCAAAAUAAUGAUUGUGAUGAAAAUGGCAUAUUAUCGACAGUCACAGGUGUUAUAGGUUUAUUACAAGCAAAUGAAGUAGUCAAAUUAUCGAUAGGUUUAGAUCAAGAUAUAUUAUCAAAUUUUUUAACAUAUAAUAGUUUUUCAAAUAAAUUACCAUUCGAAUCUUUAAACAUAAAUUAUAAAAAUAAAAAUUGUAUAUGCUCAAACAAAAAUUUUAAAGAAUUAUAUAAUUUUAUUUUAUCAUAUAAUUAUGAUAAUAUAAAUAAUAAUAAUGAUAACAAAACUAAUAAUAAUGUUAACAAUAUUUAUUGUAAUAAUCUAAUAUGUUAUAAUAAAACAAAUCAAUCAUAUAUAUAUCAAAUCGAUACCUUCCAAUUUAUAGAUAUACUAAAUAAUAAUUUUUCUUCAUUAUCAUUUCCAGUUAAUCAAAUAUGUAUUCUAGAUGUUAGAAAAAUUAACAAUUCUAAUAUAUAUGGUUUAAAAAAUGCAAUCAAAUGGUCCUUUUAUGAAAUCAUAGAAAUAUUUAAUAAAUUACAACAUAAUAAAAAUGAACUCUUACAAAUUAUAAUGGACAAAUUAAAUGUAGAACAUUCUAAUAAAAAUAUUCUAGUCAUAGUAAUUUGCAGGAGAGGUAUAGAUUCUUUAAAGAUAACAAAACAAUUUAAUAACCUAUUUCUAAAUAAUGAUACUAAUCAAAAGGAAACUACAUUUAACAAUAAUGAUAUAUCAUUAUAUAAUUCAAAAAAUAAAAAAUAUGAUAAUAUAAACCUUUCAAAUAAUAAACAAAUCAUUACGUAUAAUUUGAAAGGUGGCUAUUUACAGCUUCAAAAAAAAAUAUUCAAAAAUUUGCCAUUUUUUUAA